CAGAUAGUGGUCCCAGUCCCAGUCUCAACAUCAUUGUGCUCGCCCAUGCCAGAAUCCCCGUGCCGUCAACAUGCCCCACAAGUCUCUCUACGCCGACGUCUCUAUUCCUGACGUCGACAUCUUCACCUUGUUAUUCUCGCGGCCGUCCAGGCCCUUCCCCGAUACCAAGGAGAUUCUCACCGACGGCGAGCGACCCUCCCGCUCCUACACCCUCGCGCAGCUGCGCAACGCUGCCACAGGGUUUGGAAAGGGACUCCAGGCCCUCUGGGGCUGGGAGCGCGGCGACGUCCUCGCCUUCUACACGCCAAAUGAUGUCGACACGCCUGCCCUGACCUGCGGCGUCCUCUGGGCCGGCGGUUGCGCCUCACCCGCCAACCCGCUUUACACCCUCGACGAGCUGACCUUCCAGCUGACCAACAGCGGCGCCAAGGCCCUCGUCACCCAGCUGCAAUUCCUUCCCACCGCCAAGCAGGCCGCUGCCAGGGCCGGCAUCCCUGGGGACAGGAUCAUCCUGCUGGGCGAGGAGCGCGACCCAGAGGGCAAGAUCCGCCACUGGAGCAGUAUCAAGCCUGCUGCUGCUGCGUACCACAGCCGCUAUGAAAAACCCAAGGUGACGCCCAAGAAAGACCUGGCAUUCCUUGUCUACAGCUCUGGCACGACGGGCCUGCCCAAGGGCGUGUGCCUGACGCACUACAAUGUUAUCUCCAACCUGUUCCAGAUGGAGGCUCUCGAAGGGGUCUAUCUGAAGCCCUCUGGCGGGCCUGGAAACGGAGGCGAUCGGCUCCUCGGUGUGAUUCCAUUUUUCCACAUAUAUGGCCUGGUGAACAACGUGUUUAUGAGCAUGUACUCCGGAUGGCAAUUAGUAGUGCUCUCACGUUUCGACCUCGAGAAGGCCUGUCGGCUCAUCCAGGACUUUAGACUCACAUUCGCCUACAUCCCACCUCCGGUGGUCUUAGCUCUCAGCAAGGAGUCGGUGGUCGACAAAUAUGACCUGACGUCCCUCAAGAUGCUCCACUGCGGCGCGGCGCCCAUCACCAGUGAACUGAUCGAGGUGGUAUGGAACCGCCUCAAGGUCCCAGUGAAACAGGGAUAUGGGCUGUCUGAGGCUAGUCCUGUCUCUCAUGUGCAGCAGCCUGAUGAGUGGGCCAAGUUUAUGACCUCGGUUGGCAAGCUGGUACCGAACAUGGAGUCUAAAAUUGUUGAUACGGAGGGCAAUGAGGUGGCCCUCGGAGAGCCUGGUGAGCUCUGGCUGAAGGGCCCCAAUGUAUUCGGAGGUUAUUUGAAUAACGAAGAAAAGACAAAGGACGCAUUCUCCGCAGAUGGCUGGCUGAGGACAGGCGACGUUUUCAAGAUGGACAAGUACGGCAACUACUACUGCGUAGAUCGACUCAAGGAACUGAUCAAAUACAAGGGUUUCCAGGUCGCCCCAGCCGAGCUGGAAGGCCUGGUGGUCGGCCACCCGGACGUCACGGACGCGUGUGUCAUCGGGCUCUACGACCCUGCCCAGGCGACGGAGCUCCCGCGGGCCUACGUGACGCUCAAGGCGGGCGUGGCGCAGGAUGCAGCCAAGGCGAAGGAGAUCGCAGACUGGAUGGCAGCCAAGACGGCCCCCCACAAGAGACUCCGUGGCGGUGUCUUUUUUAUCGAUGUAGUACCCAAGUCCCCGAGUGGCAAGAUCCUUAGAAGGUUGCUGCGGGAUAAGGUCAAGCAGGACGAGAGGCUUGCUGGACCGAAGUUGUAGCUUGUACUUUGUAGGAAACAGCUCCGGGCAUCCUGUUCCAGACUCGGGGAUUUUGUUCCGCGCUGUUGUCGAUGCCAUGCUCC